AUGGUCAGAGGUAGUGCACGAAUAAAAGCUGGUGGUAUCAAUAUAGCACAAGAUGGUCCACAAAUUAUUAAACCUUUAACAUUGAAUAUGAGUUUAUUUCAAUUUUUAACAAUUGGUUAUUUUGAAAAAGAUCUACUGACUUAUUGUGCUAAUCGUCUUACUGAAUAUUCAUGUAUAUAUUGGCUUGAUCCCACAAUGAAUGAAAAUAGUGAUUCAAUGGAAUUGAAUUCAAUGGUUACAACAACGACUACUACCUCAAUGGUAACACAAUUCACAAACUACUCAAAUUACUUUAUCAAUCAAACAUCCAUGGAAAAUAUAACAAAUUUAAAAACUAUUCAAUAUAUCAAUCAUAAUGAUACAUUAAAUGGAACAUUUAUUGAUCCAUUCCAUAUACACAAAUCAAUAAAAUCGAAUAACAUUGAAGGAUCAGCGACAUUCCAAAAUCAUUCAAUUACCGUCAUCUAUUUAUUCUUUAACAAAUUAAUCAUUCCAUUUAUUCUAUUUGGAUUAUUUUUAAAUUUUAUAUUAGUUAAUACAAUAUUAAAACUAUCUUAUAAACAAUUACCAUGGUUACUAUAUUUAUUUUAUAUUAUUAUAUUAGAUCAAUUUGAUCUAAUCAUUACUAUAAUUAAUUUUUCAAUCCAAUCAUAUUAUCAUAUACAUUUAUUAAUUAUAUUACAAUUUCUUGGACGUUUUUAUUGUCAAAUUAUACCAAUGUUAUAUAAUUUAUUAAAACAUUUACAUUCAUUAUUAUUUAUAAUUUGCGCCAUUGAAACAUUGAAAUUGAAUUUAAAUCCAGUUAAACUAUUGAAUGUAUCAUUAAAACAAACAAAACAAUCAAUACAAAAUAUUUUAAUAUUAAUUUUUGUUAUUAUUAUUAUAUUUAAUUGUCAAUUUAUAUGGACAUUUGAUUUAUCUAAAUUAGAUAGAUUAAUAUUACAUAAACAUUUAUUACAUAAUAUAUAUAAAUGUGAUUUUGCAUUAACAUGGUUAUUAAGUCCAAUAUAUUUAAAUUAUAUAUGGCCUAUAAUAGAUCAUAUAAUUGGUGAUUUAUUACCAUGUUUUAUAUGUUUAUUAAAUGGAAUUAUAAGUUACGCAUUAUAUCGAUUAAGAUUUAUGAAAUAUAAGAAAGAAAUCAAUAAUUGGUUAGAUACUAAUAAUAGUCAAGAUGAGAAAUUUGUAACCAUCUUCAUUGGUGAUAAUAAUAAUCAACAAAAAUGUAAUCAAAACAAUUAUUUAUUAUAUAUUAAAUGGAUUAUGAAAAUUAGUAAAGUAUUUAAUUCACUUUGUUUUAUUCAUGGAAUAUUUUUGAUACCACGAUGUUUAUAUUAUUUAAUGAAAUAUUUCUUUUUUAUAAGUAGAAUAACAACUCGUAACAAUGUACAUAGUCAUGAACUAAACGACUUUCAAAGUCAAACAGAUCAAGGUCUAUUGAACACCAUCAAUCAUAUUAUAGAAUUAUUAAGACCUUAUGAAAUGUAUUUAGGUCAUUAUGAAUCUGCAUUAUGUUAUAUAAAUGUUAUUGAAAUACAUCUAAGAAUUAUUAUUCUAUUGCUUGGUCUAGAUGAAUUCAAAUCAGAUCUUUAUACAUAUCUAUCUAUAGUCUUUAAUUAUUUCAAACGAUUAUCAUUAUGUAAUCUAUAUGGAAGAAAGUUAAUUCUCCAAAAUUCUAGUCGACGGAUUCAAUCUAUGCGUAGAACUAUGAUUGAUUUACCUUUGGAUCAUAAAACCGCCAAUGAUGAUCCUAUUGAAAUGUCAAAAUAUUUACCCAAGAUCAAAUGUAAUUCUGAUAAUCUUAACAGUGAUGAUCAUUAUAAACAGAAGAAAACAUCUUCAUUUAUAGAAUGUAACACUACAGUGAAUUCACAAACUUCUUUAAUUGCUGAUACUCAAUUGAAUUAUACUACUUAUAAUGAUAAAUGUAUUGAACCUGAUAUCACAAAAAUUGACAAAUUCAAAUCCAAUAUGAAUAUUCAUUCAAAAUAUGAUUGGUAUGAUUUUAAAAGGUAUAAAUCCAAUGAUGUUUCUAGUUCGGAAUCAUUUACAAGAAAAUAUCACAUAUUUUAUUUAUGA